GUGCUUGCUUGUGUAACUUUUGACUCUGCACUUGGUUUUAUGACGAUGGACUAGGUUCUAUCUACUGCGUCUCAUGAGAUUCUCGUGUUCGUACUCGAGUUGAAGCUCAGAGCUCUCCUUCAUCAAGAUGAGGGGUUAUUCCAAGUUGGGGGAGAAGUCCAGAUCAGCCGCGAACCGGCCUAGCAGAACCCGAGUAGCCCAUUUGGUUCAGGCGAGGCGAUUCAAACCUCUGUACACGAGGUGGAUCAUCUGAUUCAGGUCGCAUUGUGUGGACGCUGGCAAAGGUGGCUGAACGGGAUGACGAUAGACGGUCAGCAUGUUUCCCGUCAGUAGUGGAGCGAGGACACGCAGGAAUACCAAGAGAAAGCUGACGACGACGAGGCAGCAUCGCCUCCAUAAUUGCGGACAAGAAAUUCCGCGCCAGAUAUUGCGCGGAGGUAAGAACUGGGCGUGGGCGGGCAAAUCUUGGGCCUUUUGGGGGGGGGAAAGGCUUGGAAUCUUGGAAUUCGAGGGAUUUCUGGGCAACAAGCGCGGAAGAGCCAGCUGGGCGAGCUGCCUAGAUAGGGACCGAAGCCGAGACUCUGACCGAGAAGCCAAGCGGCCAACCUUGCAAGCAGGAAAGCCAAGACAUCAGCCAAACCUCUUAGCAUCUCUCAAUCGCGCAGACGCGCAGCCUACUCAACGCUCGUGGCAAGAGAAGGAAGAUGAAGGCUGCAUGGGAUUGGAUGUGCAAUAUGGCGCGUCAUUAUGUUCCUGGCUGCUUUCUUGUCGAGCGUGGGACGUAGGAACCGGACAGGACACAGAGAGGCCGGCACAUGUUUGUUGAAAGCCGGACGGUCUGUUGACGACGAGCAAAAGCCGCAGAUAUAUUAGUGAUAGGAUUGACGGAGCCGAAACAAUGCGCGUGUAGGGGAGUGG